ACAUAAUCUACUCAAAUUCAGGAAAUAAUGCGAUAUAUCUCAGCUUCAAUGAGAACUUGAUUUUUAAUCGCUCAAAGAUUAUGCUUUGUACUGCGGUUUCACCUACCGCGCGCGUAUAAUUUACUUCCCGUGCUCGAUGAAUGAAAAGAAAGUGUCAAACUUAACUUAUUUUGCAUUCGACUCUUGUCCAUCACCGCCACAAUGCUUCGCUUAAGGCCAUUUGAGGUAUGAAGUCUCUUUUCUGACAAAAAGGAACAUCGGAAGAGAUCUGUCAAAGAACAAAACAGACCUCUGUUUGAAGGGAAGUAGUCUUGACCCUCACAGAAUACUGUGCGUGGGACUACACAAUUGAAAAAGGAACACACAGAAUACUGUUAAUGGGACUACAGGUUUAAAGAAGGAACGGUUGCAAUCCUACAUGAAGAACAGUUAACAGGACCAGAGUCGAUCCUCUCAUUCUGUGAAUUGUUGAGAGUGCAUCAGGGCACGGACAAAAAAUUCUUUGUAUCGAAGAAGAGCGAAAUAAAGGACUCUUUCAAAAUGGGUAAAAUGCUUUCAAAGAUCUUCGGCAAGAAGGAUCUUCGGAUUCUCAUGCUAGGAUUGGACGCUGCAGGCAAGACAACGGUUUUAUAUAAACUUAAGCUUGGUCAAUCAGUAACCACCAUACCAACAGUAGGAUUCAAUGUAGAAACAGUCACGUACAAAAACGUCAAAUUCAACGUCUGGGAUGUCGGCGGUCAAGACAAAAUUCGACCUUUAUGGAGGCAUUAUUACACGGGAACUCAAGGGUUAAUCUUUGUUGUAGACUGUGCUGAUAGAGAUAGGAUAGACGAAGCAAGGCAAGAACUUCAUCGGAUAAUAAACGACAGGGAAAUGAAAGAAGCUAUAAUCCUCAUCUUCGCAAAUAAACAAGACCUUCCAGAUGCAAUGAAACCCAUCGAAGUCCAGGAGAGAUUAGGUUUGACGAGAAUUAGGGACAGGAACUGGUACGUUCAACCUGCUUGUGCGACGUCAGGCGAGGGCCUAUCGGAGGGUCUAACGUGGCUCACUGCUAACAGUAAACCAUGAUGAACACAAACACAUAUAUAUAUAUUACAAAAAAAAUAAACAAAAAAAAUGUCUGCCUACUUUUCUUAACCUAGCUCUUCUGCAAGGGGAUUUAGAAUCUAGCACAAGUUUGAAGUCUCAUCCCCAGUCAUAUAUUUGGGGUUCAAAUUUGUGCUGCCCUCGCUUGGUAAUAUAUAUGAAGGAAUUCAAUGUGUAUUAUUAAUUUGAGAUGAGAGGAAAUGAUAUGGAGAGGGUUAUAUAUAUAUAUAUAAAUAAAUCCUCUUGCAUUGAAGCUAGACUAACUACUCUAUACCUUCUUGUAAUCUUAUAUACAUAAAGACAAUUUUUUUAAUAAAAAAAGAUUUGUUUAUACUUACUGUACAAAUGGUUAAGUAGACAAAAUUCUCAGCCGAGUUUUUGUUGUCAUGAUGUGUAAAUUGCUCAUUACAUUGUUACCUGUAUGUACAAAUCUCUUAUAAUUAUUAUUUAGAUGGAGUUUCAGUGUAUGCAUAAAGGCCUGUUUACAUUUGAAGCAGAGAGUGUUUUGUCGCGCAUCAUGUGUGCGUAUACACGUUGCAGCAUGUUCAGAAUUAAUCUAUUUUGAAAUUGAUUUUAGUUGCAUAAUGCACCCCAUGACGACAUGCUUGUAACGUCAGGGGCCCGUAACACAAAAGUUCGCGUGUAAUCGUACUUGAAUUCACGAAUGAUUGUGGUCAAUGCAAUCAGUCGUAGAAAUAUGUACAACGAUCUUUGCUAAGCUUUGUGAUAUUGGCUCCAGUUAUCUUUGCCAUGUCGACUGUUUCAUUAUAUUUUCCUCAAAUUGAUAUGUUUUUUUAUCUUAAAAUCAAAUGUAAAAGCGAUUUAGAUUGGUGACAUCGCACCAGUCCAUAUUUACAUCAAUAGCAUCAUAGGAUGAUUGAUACCUGUUUCUCUUUUCUUUAGAAUUAAAAGAGGAAUAUGUCUUGCUGUUCGCAUUAUUAGAUUAUUCCUACAGUGUUUGGAUAUGAGAGUUAUAAAGAUUCUUCAAGCUGAUAUGGCACAGCUACACUGCAAAAAAAACACCGGUGUUGAUUUAGCACCAGCCUGGUAUCUAUAUCUGCCCACACCAGAAAGGUGUUAAAGCGACACCAGUUAAAAGUCAACACUUAACACUUCAAUUGGUGUUGCAUAAAUGCCAAAUUGAUGUUAGUCUUUAACGUCAAACCAGUUUUGUUUCAACACCUCUGGUGUGGACGAUAUUCGUGUAGAUAUCAGGCUGGUGUUAAAUUAACACCGUUUUUUUGCACUGCACUUUAAAAAGCACCAGCUGAAGGCCUAUAUACUCCAUGGGGUGUUAAAUACAAGAAACCAGAAUAUCGAUUGCAAAUCAAUUUUAGGUCCGGAAAUCAAUCAUAAGUCGUGAAAUUAAUUGCAAAUUUGCAUGAUUGAUUGCUAAUCUGCUUCUUAAAACCAGCAGUGUAUUCUGGGCCCAGUCUCACAAAGAGUUACGAUUGAUCCAAUCAACCACAACUAUGGAUGGCCAGCAAUGUCAACAUCUAAAAUACAUGCUUGUCCUAAAUGUUUUCUAGAUAUGAUGUUUAUUCAUACGUCCCCUCAUUUCUUGACAAAUUUAGUAUGCUUCUGUAUGUUUUAAAAAGAAAAAUGAUGAAAUUGAUGGAUUUCCAUAUAGUUGAAUUAAUCUUCAGUCUUUAUAAGAUGGCGUGCUGGUUUAUCUAUCAAUGAAUUAAUUGUAAAAUUGCAGCAGAAUAUUUGCAAUUUGUAAAAGGACCUUCCAUAAGCCAUAUGUUUGUUUUAGUCAAAGUAAUCUUACACAUCAGGGGUCAGUUGCAGAAAGAGCUUUGUUUAAACGCAAGUCAAAAAAUCAAUUGCAAGUCCCAAGUGCAUGCUGUUGAUUGGUAGAAAAUCAAGUAACGAACGAUUUUUAGAGAUGCGAUUGAUUGCAACUCUUUCUGCGACCGGUCCUGGAAUAUGCAAAAAAUAUUCAUAGGUCCCUUGAUUUCUUGACAAAUUUAAUAUGCUUCUCUAUGUUUUAAAAAGACAAAUUAUGAAAUUGAUGGAUUUCCAUAUAGUUGAAUCAAUCGUAAGUCUUUGUAAGAGGGGGCGCUGGUUUAUAUCAAUUAAUUAAUUACAAAAUUGCAGCAGAAUAUUUGCAAUUGGUUGCAUAUUUUUUCUUCCAACACCCCCUAUAUAGUUCUUGGAUGUUUACCCACGAUGCAACCUUCCAAUUGAAUUAUGGUGUCUCAUAGAAAUCUACCCAAAUGAAUGAUAAUAAUAUUCCACCACUCUUUAAUAAGACAAAUCAACGCCACAAUAUUUGCAUGGUAACAAAAUAUUAACAUUGUGGUUUUAUGCUGCAUUCCUGCUUUUGAAUAAAAGAAAUCAAAGCUUUCGGGAGAAAAAAUUCACGAUUCUGGUUAAACGUUUGGCCGGCCCUUUUAUGAAGAGCUCCCCAGUUUUUCCUUGUGUUAUCUAUGCAUUUGUAAACUCCUUGAUUUAUCAAGAGGCAGAGUAGAAUUACUGCUAAAAGUGAAAAAAAUGGUUUCAUUCAUAUAGCUAUAGAUAUUCAUUCAAUUGGUUCAAAGCACAUGCUUGUAUAUAUUUUAGCCUACUAUUGACAUGUGACAUUUGAAGCUGUCACGUGACUUAAUCACCUGACCAGUCCGAUGCAUCGUUGUACCGUAAUAUACAUGUUUAUUUGAUUUGCUUGAUGAAUUAAAAUCUUGUCUCUUUUUACACCUA